CCUCAGUCUAGAGCCCCGCAUCCCCUCAUCUUAAAAGCUGCCCUCCUGCCCACAACACAACACAACAGCAACACUCGUCUUCCUCUUUCUCUUUACUCUUCAUCAACUAUCAAUUCAUCUCAAUUCAAUAAAUAAAUCAAUCAAUCAUCAUCAUGGCCCCCAAGAUCGCUAUCGUCUACUACUCCACCUACGGCCACAUUGUCAAGCUGGCCGAGGCAGAGAAGAAGGGCAUCGAAGCUGCCGGUGGUAGCGCAGACAUUUACCAAAUCCCCGAAACCCUCUCCCAGGAAGUUCUUGCCAAGAUGUACGCCGCUCCCAAGGCCAACUACCCCGAAGCCACCCCCCAGACCCUCCUCGAGUACGACGCCGUCCUCUUCGGUAUCCCCACCCGCUACGGUAACUUCCCCGCCCAAUGGAAGGUAUUCUGGGAUCAGACCGGCGGUAUCUGGGCUACUGGUGGCUACUGGGGUAAAUACGCUGGUCUCUUCAUCUCGACUGGCACUCUCGGUGGUGGCCAGGAAUCGACUGCCAUUGCUGCCAUGAGCACCUUGGCUCACCACGGAUUGAUCUACGUUCCUUUGGGUUACAAGACUACCUUUGCCCAGCUGUCCAACCUCAGUGAGGUCCACGGUGGCAGCCCUUGGGGUGCUGGUACUUUUGCUGGCGCCGAUGGCUCUCGCCAGCCCACCGAGCUGGAAUUGUCGAUCGCCGAGGCCCAAGGAAAGGCUUUCUACGAGCAUGUGGCCAAGGCUAACUAGAUAUACUGCAUAGAUCUAGAUUUAAUAUAGAUUUCUUAUUCCUUCAUCCUUAUCAUCAUAUGAAGUAGUAUUCACGGUCGGUGCUGUGGUAUAGUUUGCUUGGACUAGCUAUAUAUAGCAAUGAACAUGAUUAUCAGUCGGCGCUUAAAUCCCUGCACUUGCCCUGGCGGCUAAAUUACAAGGCUGGGUUAUAAUAUCCCACCUCAAGCUGAC